CGCCCGCCGCCGCCCACCAGGGGCUAGAGGCGGCCGCCGGGAGGGCGCGCGGCGCCGGAGACAUGUCCAGGAGGAAACAGAGCAACCCCCGGCAGAUCAAGCGUUCCCUCGGAGAUAUGGAGGCCAAAGAAGAGGCCCAGGCCGCAGACUCCAGCCUUCCAGAGCGGGAGGCCACAGCGCUGGAGCCUGAGCCUGCAAGCCCUUCCAGUCCAGACGCUAAUCCUCCACCCCCUCCGCUGCCGCCAGCCCCCACGUCCCCAGGAGGCCCUGAGGAGCCGGAGCAUCGGGAGCCAGAGAUGAGGCCGAAGGAGGAGGCAGCCAGCAGCCCCUGGAGCGGGCCAGACGAGCUGGAGCCGCUGCUGCAAGAUGGACAGAGGUGCGUGCGGGCUCGGUGCAGCCUCACCGAGGGCCUGUCCUGGGGCCCGUUCCGUGGGAGCAUCCAGACCAGAGCCUCAUCCCCCGGGCAGGCAGAACUGAGCCCAGCCCUGACCCUGCUGCUGGAGGACGAGGCCUGCUGGCUGAGGACACUGCCCCAGGCCCUGGCUGAGGCUGAGGCCAACGCGGAGAUCUACCGGAAGGAUGAAGCCCUCUGGUGCCGGCUCACCAGGCCAGUGCCUGCAGGUGGACAGCUGAAAGUGCUCCUGGUAGCCAAGCCCCCCAGCAACCCCAGCCACCCUGUGAAGAAGGAGCCGGCGGAGCCCGAGAGCCCAUCCCCCUCCCACCCUGACAUCCAGCUCCUGCCCCAGCAGGCCGGCAUGGCGUCCAUCCUUGCAACCGCGGUCGUCAACAAAGACGUCUUUCCCUGCAAAGACUGUGGCAUCUGGUACCGUAGCGAGCGGAACCUGCAAGCCCACCUCCUCUACUACUGUGCCAGCCGCCAGGGUGCUGGCUCCCCUGCCGUGGCCGCCCCGGAAGAGAAGCCCAAGGAGACCUACCCCAAUGAGCGGGUCUGCCCCUUCCCCCAGUGCCGCAAAAGCUGCCCGAGCGCCAGUUCCCUGGAGAUCCACAUGCGUAGCCAUAGUGGAGAGCGCCCCUUCGUGUGUCUCAUCUGCCUGUCCGCCUUCACCACCAAGGCCAACUGUGAGCGGCACCUCAAGGUGCACACAGACACGCUGACCGGAGUCUGCCACAGCUGCGGCUUCAUCUCCACCACAAGGGACAUCCUCUACAGCCAUCUGGUGACCAACCACAUGGUCUGCCAGCCAGGCUCUAAGGCUGAGAUCUACUCACCAGGGGCGGGCCACCCAACUGCCAAGCUCUCCACAGGUCUGGCCCAGGCAGGUCCUGCUCCAGCCCUGACAGGUGGCCCCUGGGCUCUCCCCACAGACAGUCUGGCCACCUUCCAGCAGCACACGGCACUGCACGGCCCCCUGGCCUCUGCCGACCUAGGCCUGGCGCCCGCUCCCUCGCCAGGAGUGGACAGGAAGGCCCUGGCCGAGGCCACCAACGGAGAGGCUAGAGCAGGUCCCCAGAACGGGGGCGGCGGCGAGCCCCCAGCGGCCCCCAGAAGCAUCAAGGUGGAGGCAGCGGAGGAGCCCGAGGCAGAGCCAGGGCCCCUUGCCCCUUCACGAACGCCUUCACCACCUAGCCCUGGCCCCGCGCGGGUGAAAGCAGAGCUGUCCAGCCCCACGCCUGGCUCCAGCCCGGGUCCCAGCGCACUGUUCCUGCCACACCUGCCAGCAGCGCCACCGGCCUCCGAGAUCCUGGCCAAGAUGUCCGAGCUGGUGCACAACCGGCUGCAGGCGGGUGCGGGGGUGGGCGCGCCUGCGGGCCUCUUUGCGGGGGCCCCCAAGGGCGCCACGUGCUUCGAGUGCGACAUCACCUUCAACAACGUAAACAACUUCUACGUACACAAGCGCCUCUACUGCUCUGGCCGCCGGCCGCCCGACGACGCGCCCCCAGCCCGCCGGCCCAAGGCGGCCCCCGCCCCGCCUCGCGUGCCCCCUGCCCCGCCAUCCGCCGAGGCCGAGGCGCCGCGCUCGUCGCCGGGUCCCGGGGCACGCGAGGACGAGGCGGGGAGCGCGGCCACGCCCGAGGCCGAGGCUGAUGCGAGCGGCCGGGGCAGCGAGGGCAGCCCUAGCCCGGGCAGCGGGGCGGACGAGGAUGACGACCCCCGCCGGACGCUGUGCGAGGCCUGCAACAUCCGCUUCAGCCGCCACGAGACCUACACGGUGCACAAGCGUUACUACUGCGCCUCGCGCCACGACCCACCGCCGCGCCGCCCAGCACCAGCCGGGACACCCGCGCCCUCGGCGCCGCCAGUGCGCACGCGCAGGCGCCGCAAGCUCUACGAGUUGCACGCGGCCGGGCCCGCCCCGCCCCUGGUCGGAUCUGCCCCUCCCUCCGCGCCAGGUCCCGCCCCUACGCCACCCGGACACGCCCCCACACCGCCCGCAUCGCCGCGGCCCGGAAGCGGAAGUGGAGGCGGAAGCGGCCUGGACGCUGCCGAAGGCCCUAUCGACCUAAGUAAGAAGCCGCGACGCCAGGCUGCUGCAGCCGUCCCUGGCCCUGCGCCUGGCCUGGCGGCCCUGGCCGAUUACCACGAGUGCACGGCUUGCCGCGUGAGCUUCCACAGCCUCGAGGCCUACCUGGCACACAAAAAGUUCUCGUGCCCCGCCGCCCCGCGCCGCCUGCGUGCGGCCCCCGAGGACCCGCCCGCCGUCGUUUGCCCCUACUGCCCCCCGAACGGCGUGGUGCGCGGCGACCUCAUCGAGCACUUCCACUUGGCGCACGGGCUGUUGCUGGGCAAGCCCCUAGUCGGCCCCAGCGCGGAGGCCCGGACGCCCUCGCCCGCUGCUCCCCGCGAUGGCCUCAACGGCCAGGACCUGCAGGAGCCGCCUGCCAGCAGCCCCCGGCCCGGCCCGCCCCCAGCCGCGUCCCCGGAGGCGGUGCCGGCGCCCCCCUCGCAUUCGGACAAGGGCGUGCAGACCCCCAGCCAGGGAUCCCCGGCCCCCGUGCCCAACGGCAACCACAGGUACUGCCGCCUGUGCAACAUCAGGUUCAGCAGCCUGUCCACCUUCAUCGCCCACAAAAAGUAUUACUGCUCCUCCCACGCGGCCGAGCACGUAAAGUGAGCGCCCGGCUGCUGCUGCCCUGCAGGGGCCGGGGAAACCACGCACGUGCCUCGGCAGAGGGGCUGCAGGGGACAGCGCCCGCCUGGACCUUGGCACUUAAUAAAAAAGUUCAGUUCGCUGAG